UGGAUCGUAGUGUGUGGUGAUUAUGACAAAAUUAAUUGAUAGGUUUGAAGUGUCUGUAAUAAAGUAGCGAUAGAUCUGUGAUUUCGAUUCUUGUCUUCGUUAUGAUGGUGGUGGGAUUUUGGUACUUUUGGGAAAUAUUGUAGAGCCUUAAAACUGGUACCAGCAAAAUUAUGAUGGAUGUACUUGUUUAGCUGAGUUUCUACCUUUAAACAAAUUUAGUAUAAAAACUCACAGCAUGAUCAAAACAGUAAUUAGUCAAUACUCGAAUUUUGUAUCGUGUUCUCUUAUAGCAAACAAAAAAUCACAAACCUUUCUUAAAGAUGUCUUUUAAGUUCGUUCUAUUGAUCUCGGCUAUUGCUGUUGCUGCUGCCAUUGAAAUCCAUCAACCUUUGAUCUUGAAAUCUCAUGAAAUUCACGAAGAAGGCCCAGCGGAAUACGAAUUCGCCUAUUCGGUCAGCGACAAACAUACUGGAGAUAUUAAAGCCCAAAAAGAAGUCCGCAAGGGAGACAGAGUCGAGGGCGUCUAUGAACUGAUCGACUCGGAUGGUCAUCGUCGUAUUGUUCAAUAUAGAUCCGAUAAACACACUGGAUUCGAGGCAAUCGUGCAUCGUGAACCAACUGACAUUAAAAUUCCAAUUCCUGAACAAAAACACAAAUUGAUUGCUACCAAGAUCUACACUCCAUUGGUUCAUCACCAAUCGAUUUCGCCGCUUCACAGUUUGAACUUGAUUAGAUCGGAUGAUCAUAGGUCUAUUGAUUUGGGAAGAUCUGAUGGAAUUGAAGGCAAUCAUGUAUCAUAUUCUGGACCAGGAAUAUCAUAUAGUUAUUAAGAUAGGAAAAAAGAUCGCUUUUUUAAUUGAUUGAAAAUGACCGAUAUUGAAAUUUAUAUUCAUCUCAUAUAUGUAUAUCAUCAUUUAGCUUUAAGUAUAGUCACAAUGUGCCAAUGUAAUACUCCAGUCAAUUUAUAUUUUUACUCUUAAAAUAUCUCACAC